CUCUACAUAGGGGUGAAAGGUCAUGCGAAAUGUUUCUACUUCCUUUCCUGUUAGCGGCAGCCAUUGAGCACUACUAAAAUGGGCAAGUUCAUGAAACCCGGGAAGGUGGUGAUGGUGCUGGCUGGACGCUACGCUGGUCGCAAGGCGGUCAUCGUGAAGAAUAUCGAUGAUGGCACUGCGGACCGCCCAUACAGCCAUGCCUUGGUGUCCGGCAUUGACCGUUAUCCCCGCAAAGUGACCACGAAGAUGAGCAAGAAGAAGGUUGCCAAGAGGUCGAAGAUGAAGGCUUUCGUGAAGGUGUUCAACUACAACCAUCUGAUGCCCACCAGGUACUCUGUCGAUAUCCCCUUCGACAAAACUGUUGUCAAUAAGGAUGUCUUCAGGGACCCUGCCCUAAAACGCAAAGCCAGGCGGGAGGCCAAGGUCAAAUUUGAGGAGAGGUACAAGACGGGCAAGAAUAAGUGGUUCUUCCAGAAGCUCAGAUUCUGAUUUGGCAUCUGCAUCAAUAAUAAAAUUGUAAAAUAAAA